AUGAGCUCACGGUUUUUGCGGUUCUUUGUGCUCGCUGCCCUGCUACUGCUGAUACCGUCGUUUGUGUAUUUGUCACACAGACGAGCGGAUGCAGUGCGGGAUCCACACACGGGUGAAUGGAUUCUCAGCGGGAUCAUGCAAUCUGUUCAAGGAUACAACCCCUCGCUCAUGUCAACAGCGACCACUACGCCGUUCUUCGAUAUGGGUGAAUGGGGCAAACUCAUUACUACCAAGGAGGCAUUGAGCAGCUUGCAGAUGGCCGAGAAUGCUGUCAUCGCCACUACUACGACUACUACCCAAGCGUCACUUCCUACAUCGGAAGUAGCUGUGGACGGCGCGUACGCCCCGAAAAUGACGAAUGCUACAGCAAAAGCUGAGCUAGGCCGAGCGACAUGGCGUUUCUUGCAUACCAUGAUGGCUCGCUUCCCAGAACAUCCAACAAAGCAGCAAAGCGAAGAUCUUCGCGAAUUCAUUCGUCUGUUUUCACUUCUAUACCCCUGUGGUGACUGUGCGUCUCACUUUCAAGCCUUGCUCAAAGAUUGGCCUCCGCAAGUCGCCUCGCGGAAGAAUGCAGAAUUAUGGCUAUGCGCAGCGCACAAUAUUGUCAACAAGCGCCUAGGCAAGCCAGAAUUCGACUGCACGAAACUCAACGAGACGUAUGACUGCGGAUGUGGCCCAGAAGAUUCUGACACCGCCUCAGUCCCGAGCAUCAACCCCGUGGAGGCGACGGGUAUGGCGCAUAUUAUGCCAAUCUAG